AUGAUCGCCUCACUUUCUCGGGGAAGUUUGCUUGAUGAGGUGCUGCACGGAGGCUUUAACGAGCAGCAAUUGGCCACCUACAUCUCCUGGGUGAACGCCCAGCUCAAGAGGAAACCUGGGCUAAAUCCCAUCACUGACCUUCGGAGGGAUCUGCAGGAUGGAGUGGUUCUUGUUCAACUCAUAGAGAUUGUUGCUGGGGAAGUACUUGAGGACAUUUAUGUAACUCCUCAAAGCAAAGAAGAAAGCAGGAAAAAUGUGGAGCAAGUGCUGCAGUUCAUUUCUUCCAGACAUAUACGCAUGCCUCACAUCUCCGCGAGAGACAUUGUUGAUGGUAACCUGAAAUCCGUGAUGAGGAUUAUUCUGGCGCUUGCUGCCCACUUCAAGCCCUCAGCCAAUCAGAGAGCUCCCUCGGGAACCGGGAGGGGUUCAACAGCAGGCGCCCCCUGCCAUAACCCUCUUUCCACCGUGGCAUUGGCACAAGGUGCCGCUGCCACCUUAGCAUCAGCCCGUUACGACGCCUCACUUCCUGCAAGUGUGUCACGCAUUCACAGUUGCUGGAGGUCAGAUGUUGACAAGAGCGUGUGUGUUCGUGCACUGGUGAAGCAGUAUGAGAGAGGGACUCCAGAUGAGCAGAGCAACAGUGUCCACUCAAGUAGUCCUUUACCAUCUCCUAGAACUCCACCCUGUACCGAAGCAGGCAGCCAGGAAGAAGACGCAACACAGUUAGAGAACAGAGUUGAGUCCUCUGUUCCGGUAGAAGAGACGACAUUGGAGGAUUCAAUAAGUGAAACUUUGGAGAAAGAGGUGGAGGAGACGCGCAAAAUGGUGUCCGCUUUGCAGGCCCUGCUGCUGCAAGGUUCACUGCCCGAGGACGAGCAAGAUCUGUCUUUGAGUUUGGAUGAAGGUCAUCCUGAGCAGCAGCUGGUAGUCAUCCGCAGCCGUUUGGAUCAGAGUAUGGAGGAGUCUCGGGAGCUGAAGAGGGAACUUUUGAGCUGUAAACAAGAGAUGAGAAACCUGCAAGGAAUCAAGGAAGCUCAGCAACGUCGACUCUGCACUCAGGAGGCGUCCAUCCUUCAGAUGAAGCAAGAGCUUCUCCGAGCAAGCAUGGCUAAAGAUGAACUUAACAAUCAGAAGACUGAGCUACAGUGGAAGCUGGAGGAAUGCAACCGAAUGUGGAGUGACUGCAAGAAGGAAAACGGGCAGAAGGACAGACUUCUCCAACAGCUCAGACAAAAUCUUGAAGAAAGCCAAAAGCAGCAGAGUGAGUUACAAAAAGAGCUGGACCAUAAAAACAGCAUGACGCAGGAAGUGAUUAAUAGAGAUCUACAACAGUUUUCUCAGAUACACCCAUGUGCUGAAAACAAUGGCUAUUAUUACUCCGGAAAUACGGCUUCCUUCAUAUCAAGUGCUGAGGAGGUGCAGCUGCUCAGAGACGCACUCCGAAGUUUGAGAAAUGACUUAAGAGUUCACGACCCGCAGCACCACACACUGGACACCCUGGAGCAGGGCAUUGUGUCGCUCAUUGAUAGACUACAUGCUGUCUAUACACAUAGGGUUAGAGGGAAAUCUCCCAGACGUAAAGGACAAAACAAUGAUUCCGACUCUUGGCCAAAGGCUUGCCAAUCUAGCAGCACUGCCACCUCCUCCACUAAGAUCCUGUACUUCACUGGAAGAUCCCCCACACCUUCUAUGAUCAGCAUACCCAAAAGGCUGGGAGAGGUGACUCUCAGAGAUGUGAAGGCAGCGGUGGAUCAAGAGGGGAACUACAGAUACCACUUUAAAGCCUUGGACCCGGAAUUUGGUACCGUGAAAGAAGAGGUUUUCUUAGAUGGAGCCAUCGUUCCUGGUUGGGAAGGCAAAAUUGUGACCUGGGUGGAGGAAGACCAUGGUGAAGACAGGUGA